GUAAAUGACCGAUAUUGUGUCGUGCUCAUGUGUUUCUCUUUUCUCCAACAAACAAAGAAAACCCAGCACUAUAUGACCGUUACUGUGUUUCUCUGCAGAACAGGGUUAGGCUUAUGUCAUGGCUCCGUGUCUCAUCCUGUCUUCUCGUUCACAGCUUACGGAAACGGCUGACGUCAUUAGGCUUAUGUCAUGGCUCCGUGUCUCAUCCUGUCUUCUCGUUCACAGCUUACGGAAGCGGCUGACGUCAGAGAAGCUGUUCAGCGACUUCUCCAUCGACCCGAAGCACGAGCUGGCGCUGUUUGUGUGGGACAACGGCAAGGGCAGCAACUUGACCCACGUCCAGGGGUUCUGCUCGGCCGACGAGAGCGCUGACCCGAACUGUGUCACAACCCAGCGGGACAAGUUCCCGGACUGUGGCGCGCCCGUCGCCGAGGAUGAGCUGUUUGUGGCCGUUAAGACUUGUCACAAGUUCCAUGAGUCUAGAGGUGAGUUGUUUGUCACAAGUUCCAUGAGUCUAGAGGUGAGUUGUUUGUCACAAGUUCCAUGAGUCUAGAGGUGAGUUGUUUGUCA